CGUCCCCGUCCCCCGUCAGAGAGAAGAGAAGUCAAGUCAGUCCGCCUCUGGCCGUCCGAGAGUAAGGAGCUCAGCUCGUUCAGAGUCCAGAGCGCGCGCGCGUGUAUUUUCGUGUUGUCGAAGUCCGUGGUGGUAGUGGUGGUGGUGCGUCCGCAUCGCGGAGCAGCCAGUGUGUGUUUUGUUCGCCAGCCUGCUCCAUCAUGUGCGUCAGCGCAGGCCCCUGCAGUGCCGAUUUCGCGCCGUCGUCCCCUAGCCCGCCGCACGGCUUCCCGGCUCCGGGUUCCCCGGCGUACGCGCCCUGGAGUAUCUCCAUGACCAUGGGCGAGAUGGUCACUCCACGAUCCCCACUGCAGAGCGACAGUGAGGGCAGCACCUCCAGCCUGGAGCUCGGGUCCGGGGUCGCCGGCAUCGCCCUCCACGGCACGCCGCCCCCGCCCUCCGCCCAGGAAGCCGUCAAGUGCAGAUGGCAGCACUGCGGCCUGUGGCUGGCCAACCUGGACGCGCUGGCGCUGCACGUGACGCUGGCGCACGCCGCGGCCGGUCGCGGGGGGCUCUUCUACUGCGGCUGGGAGGGCUGCUCGCGCGGCUACCGCGGCUUCAACGCGCGCUACAAGAUGCUGGUGCACGUCCGCACGCACACCAACGAGCGGCCGCACCGCUGCGCGCUGUGCGACAAGAGCUUCAGCCGCGCCGAGAACCUCAAGAUCCACGCGCGCUCGCACACGGGCGAGCGGCCCUACACCUGCCCGGUGCCCGGCUGCAACAAGGCCUACUCCAACUCGUCGGACCGCUUCAAGCACACGCGCACGCACGCCGUGGACAAGCCGUACGUGUGCAAGGUGGAGGGCUGCCCCAAGCGCUACACGGACCCGUCGUCGCUCCGCAAGCACGUCAAGACGUACCGGCACUUCCCCAGCGCGGGCAGCACCCCCAGCGACCACGACAGCCCGCGGCCCAGCCCGCAGGGCAGUCCCCAGGGUAGCGAGCGCGACAGCCACAGCCCGCUCAGCCCCAGCUCUGACGAGGAGGCCUCCGAGGCCCGGGGCAGCGCCUUCCGCCCCGUCGGCGCCGCCGUGUCCCCCCUGGCCCUGGAGCGGCCGCCCCUGCCCGGCGAGUGCCGCGGCAUCCCCAUCAAGAAGGCCAUCAGCGCGAGGGUGCGCGCCACGGGCACCGCCACCGGCCCCAAGAACUGGGCCGGCGGCAGCGUGUGGGUGGGCACCGCGGCCGGCACCUCGGCCGGCACCUCCUCCCCCGACGCGCUCAGCCUGUCGCUGUCCCCCAGCUCGUCGCCGUCGCCCUCCCCCAGCAGCAGCAGUGGCAGCGCGGUGGCCCCGGACUGGUUCAGCAGCCCCAACGCCGGCACGCCCCUGUACGCGUCGCCCAUGAACUCGCCGUCACCGCCCUGGGCCUGGGGCCCCAUGCUCUCCCUCUGGGCCUUCCCCCCCGUCCCCGUGCCUGGCCACGUCACCCCCAUGUUCAGGCCUCCCGUCGUGCCCAUGGGCCCCGUGGGAUUCGAGGAGCCCGCCGCUGAACCCACCCCUCUAGACUUGUCCAUCACCAGGCACUGAAUGUGUUCACCCAGGACAUUUGCUCAUCGUCACGAGUCACUCUGUGUUCAUUCUGUAAUCUUAUAUCAUUGUUAUGAAGUGUUUCGCUCAAUAGACUUAAUUUUUAUAGUUUGAUAUUUUGUUGUACCUGACAGUCAUUGUGACUUGAUGUUCAAGCACGGUAAUAAGGUCUGAUUAUUAGUUUAGUUUUAGUGAGAUUAUAGAUUUUAUUUUUUUAAUGAUUUUGUGUCCUUUUUUGUUGUACAUUGUGACUUGUGAGUUGCAAUAAUAUGAUAUUCCAUACAUGGUCUCACAAAUUUUCAUCAAGUCAUAGGGUGCAAUGAGUCUUUGUGAGUGUCUUUACAGAUUCUGUGCCAUUAUAGAUGUUGAGUUCUGUAUUUUUAUUUUUGUCAGAACUUCUUCAUCAAUUUGUCCAUGCAUUGAUUUGUUUUUAUUUGUAUUUAUUUAUGUAAGUCUGCAAAUUACAAUAAAUUUGUGAUAUAUUCUGAA